ACGACUAUUCGAAAUACCUACUUUGAUGAUAUUUUAAGACUUAAAUUUGAUAAAUAACCUUUAUGCAUUAGUCAGAUAACUGAUUACGAUGUAAAAUACAUUAUUUUAUAUCUGUGGCUCACAGGCCACGGGCUGUGAGUCUUGUACUGUCUAUGAGCACUAGGCUGUGGACUGUUGGCCUUAUUUGAGUUGUUUCAAGUUUGAUGUUUGUAAAUUUGUUAUUUUCAAUUUAUUUGAGAUUAUCAUGAAACAAAGAUCAACGUUAAAUCAUGGGUUAAUUACAGUGACUUAAUAACCUCGAAACAUUUAAAUAUCAAACCCCUUUGUAAAACCAAGGGAUAUUGUAAUAAUCCAGUUAUGGCGAUAUUGCAUCGGGCUCUUUUUACUUGGUUUAUUUUCUUAGUAUUUCUAAUACUACUAUGUUUACGGCUAGAAUCAAGAACGCAUUGGAAUUGGUUCAUUGUCUUUAUUCCUAUGUGGGUUUAUGAUAGCAUUUUAUUAAUAUAUGUUAUCUUCCACAUGGUAUCUCACUGUAGGAACGGCAUUGAAAGAUUUCGUGGAACAAUAAACAAAAAUGUUUGGUACAUUACUGCCAUAGGACUGAAAAUGGCUGCUCAAAUUAUUAUAUGUAUUAAAUUAGAAUAUACGAAAGUAAAUCUUCCAAUCUAUGUUGUAAUGACACCUAUCUGGAUGCUGCUGCCUGUUCUGUGUGUGGAGGUUUUCAUGCACCUAUUAAAAAAUCCAAGUAGAAGUAGUAGAUACUAAGUU